AGCCAUAGCAUCCUCCAGCAGGUUUCCUGAAUCCCUCUACAAUGGAUAACGGUGCCUUUGAGAUGCAAGAAGACGGAGUUGCUAAUAUUUCUUCCAACAAACGUCAACCUUAUGAAAACCACAUCGAAAGUAGACAGGAGAAGAAACGGCCCAUGUCUUUGAUGAAAAUCUUUCUCGUCUGCUUCCUGGCAUGCCUAAUAACCACGGCAAUCGGGGUUCUGAUAUUAUCUCUGGUCUACCUGGUUCAUUUUAACCCAAAAACCUCCCAACAGAUGAGUAAUCCAGCCCCUGAAACCGACAAAAGUCCCUCACAGUCUGGUGGAAGUGGUAGUAACAUCACCAUCGUCAGCCAAGUAGAGCCUCGCUACAGCUUCCUGAGCCAGCUUAGUAAAUCUAAGGAAUUCAAAUUUGAAGGUGGCGCUAUACAGUGGGCCCGCUAUAGAAACAACCCAAAAGAAUAUACAAACGAUAACGAGAAGGAGUUUGGCAUCAGUAUUAACAGUCAUGAGUCCAAAACGACUGUCGGCACACUGAGGAUUGUCAGCCAAGGAUUGAGAGCACCACACUGGCACUUUAAUGCCAACGAGCAUGGAUUCCUGAUACAGGGCAAGGCAUGGAUUGGGGUUGUCGAUGAUGGGAACACAGUCACCACCUUCAAUGUCACAGCUGGCCAGGUCAUCUUCUUCCCAAAGAACACCUUACAUUGGGUGAAAAACGUUGGAGAUGAAGAUUGCCUCUUCCUUCUCUUCUUUAGCACCCAUGAUGAGCUGAAAACCCUUGAUGUGGACGAUGCUUUCUUUCUGACACCAGAGGACAUUGCUUCCCGAUCUCUAAAGCCAUCUGGUGGAGUGGAGUUCAUCAGAACAUUUAAGAAACCAAAGGAAGAUCAAGCAAUAAACCUCCCAGAAGAUCUGGUGGAACUCAUCCAAAAAGCUGACUAUGUUCAGUCCAGUGACUCUGACGUCUGGAAGUACUUUUAUGACCUAAAAGGAUCCAAGCAAUACAAAUUCCCCGGAGGAAUUAUUCAGUGGGCUCGUUACCGCAGGAAUGGAAAUGGCUUAAACGCUUCUGAGAAAAUCUACAGCGAAUCUGUCAAUAAGCACUCUGACACACUCACUCUGGCGACAUUAAACAUUACCACCAAUGGACUAAGACAACCACAUUUCCACUUCAAUGCUCAUGAAAUGGGAUAUGUUAUCAGCGGCUGCGGUCAGAUUGGGAUAAUUGGAGAAAAGCCGGUUCCAGACUUCAGCGUUGGUAUAGGAGAUGUGUUUUUCUUUCCAAUCGGGACUCAACAUUAUAUCAAGAGCAUCUGUGAUGAGGACCUUUUCAUGAUUCUGGCCUUCAGUACUGGAAACCAGCUGGAGACACUCGACAUGGAUGACUAUUUUCAUGCAACAGCAGAUCAUGUCCUGGCCCAGCUCUUCCUUAAGAAACAGAAUGAAUUUAAGAAGAUUCCAAAGUUUGAUGAGGACCAAGCCAUCAAUGUACCAUAAAAGACAUGACAAAUCACAUGCUUACACUGUAUCAGUGCACAGAGGGGCAAUCACUGGCACAAGCUGACUUCGAGGACUCUGUUGAACAUGGAGCAUAAGUACUGUACCAGUGUCUUGUGAUAUGACCAGUGGCACAUUGAGCCAAGAACUUUGUGAAAGAAGAAGUUGAACAUUCCGCAGUGUCAGCCGAAGAUUUAGAAGAGUACCCCUCAUAGACACCUCAGUGUGACUUGCAGAGGUCCUCAAAUCCAAUCAUUCAACCUUGUCACUUUAUUUUUUUAUUUAAAAUGUAUUUAUGCUGUA